UCAGCCUGGUCUUCUGUAUGGAGGCUCACUGGAACACGACUGCAGCCCCAGUCGUGGUAUUGGCUACUAUUUGGAAAGUCUGCUCUGCUUGGCACCUUUCAUGAAGCAUCCAUUGAAGAUUGUCUUGAGAGGAGUAACAAAUGAUCAAGUAGAUCCUUCGGUUGAUGUCCUUAAGGCAACAGCUCUACCCCUUCUGAAGAAAUUUGGAAUUGAUGGCGAAAGUCUGGAAAUCAAGAUCAAUCGAAGAGGAAUGCCUCCCAAAGGAGGUGGAGAAAUACUGUUUGCUUGCCCAGUGAGAAAGGUCUUGCAGCCUGUUCAGUUCACAGACCCUGGAAAAAUCAAGCGCAUCAGAGGAACUGCAUACUCUGUCCGAGUGUCACCACAGAUGGCAAACAGAAUGGUGGAAUCUGCAAGGGGCAUCCUGAAUAAAUUUCUCCCAGACAUCUAUAUCUACACAGAUCACAUGAAAGGGGUCAACUCUGGAAAAUCACCAGGUUUUGGCAUGUGCCUUACUGCAGAAACGAUCAAUGGCACUAUUCUCAGUGCUGAGCUAGCCUCAAACCCUCAGGGCCAGGGAGCAGCUGUGCUUCCUGAGGAACUGGGCCGGAACUGUGCUAAGCUGCUGCUUGAGGAGAUCUACAGAGGAGGCUGUGUAGAUUCAACAAAUCAGAGCCUUGCUCUGCUCCUUAUGACCCUUGGACAGCGGGAUGUUUCCAAAGUCCUGUUGGGACCUCUCUCUCCAUACACAAUUGAGUUUCUGCGACACCUCAGAAGCUUCUUCCAGAUCAUGUUUAAAAUUGAAACAAAGACUGCUGAGGAAGAGCACAUGGGCGGAGAGAAAGUCUUAAUGACAUGUGUUGGCAUUGGAUUUUGCAACCUCAGUAAAACUAUGAGAUAAAAACAUCUACAGACUUCGUGAAAGACAGAAAAUGCUGCAAAGGUCUAAUAAAACCAACCUGUCUCUGUCCUUAUUCUGGCAUAAGGAGACCUGUGAUGAUUCCAGUGCGGGGGUACCCAAGCUCAUUGCAUGUAAACAACAAAGCUGACUGUAGACUAUUUAGAUCUGUGCUAUUUAUAAAAGCAAAUUCUGUGCUGCUUGGAGUGGCUCUCUGAAGUCUCUCUCCCAAGCUGACAUGGGACUCUUUGCACUGUAUUCCACUGAAUGGGGCACAAGUGCCUCAUGUCACUGUUCUCUCAAGCCUUAAUGAGGCUGUCCCCCUGGCCACUCACCCGGAAAACUUCCUCUCUUUUUUCCACUGGUCACUGCUCUGCCUCGCUACAGGGAUUUUCAUCCAGGGUUUCUGAAAUGGAAAAGUGAAGAGACAGAUUGGAUUUCUUCUAACUAAAUCUGCCCUAGUAGUUCAUGCUGUGGAAGCAAAGCAUUGCCCUCAUCUUUUCCGUCUCAGAGGUCUCCUGAAAGGCUUGCCAUCCUGAAAAGUAAUGGUCUUGUGGCUGAAUCCUCUGAGUUUUAAAAUGGAGCAAGACAGGAAACUGAGCUGAACACUCAAAAUCAAAGUUUCUUGCUGACUGGCACUAACAUGUAUGCAGCUUUAAAACUGGUCGAAUAUUAUGCUACUAAAUGGACAAUGAGCACAUUCUUAUAAAGUCCUAAGUCUCUGAAUUGUGAAAUUGAAAGACUUUAUUCUUUUAGGACUUCUGUUAAGGAAGCCAACCUAAUGUUGUGUUUGCUUAUCAAUACUGUGGGGGUUUCUGUCAUUAACUUUCCACUGGUGAAAACCCUUCCAGCACUUCAUCAUGUAAGGUGUAUACCAUUGCUACCGCAAAGACUAUCUCCAACACGAAGACAAAGUUAGCUUAAGAGAAGGAGCUUAGAGGACUAGAUACUACUUUUUAUCUUGCUUUUCAAUGAAGCAAUGUGGGGAAUAAAACUCACAAAAAUACAGAAGCACACAAUUGAAGAAACUAAUGUAACUGUGUUACUGUUUAAAUUAUCUUUUUAUAUUUAAAAUGUUUAAAGCUAUUUUAAAAAAAAUCCCAGCCCUUGCCAGAAUAUUUUGCAGCACUAGCUUAUAUAACAAAUCAAGAAACACAGAUCCUAAGCAUAGUAGUUCAGUAGUUCUAUCUCACCCACCCUUCCCAUGACAAUCCACUUCUUCUAGUGUUACUGCAGCUGCUAGCCAAAUAUUAAACUCAAACAGCUCUGCGUGGCGGCUUGUUAGUUUCACUUUUGAGAGUAAGCUGAACAGUGGCAGUUCCAAGUAAAAGCCGUUCCCUUUUGCAAUUUUUUCAAUUUACUUCCUCUGCCAUUUAUGGAAUUGUAAUUUCUCCAUACAUCAGUAGAAUAUUUAUUUCUGUUUCCUGCUUCAGCACCUCUUAAACACAAACUGGCUUCUGUUGAAACAAUUUCUGGUAACCAAAAAUACCUGUCUGGGUUUUUUGGUAGCUCUAGGCUUUCUGUCUAUGGCUGACUCUAUUCUGUAGCAGCAGAGGAAGCAGAACAGAAGACAUUCAAAACCAGGAGGGUUGGACACCUGUGACUCAUCUCAGAGGACUGGGUUUCCUCCACGCCUCUGUGUUGGAGCCAAUGCCAGGGCUGCAGAGUACUAUUGCAGCUUCUCUGGUUCUGGGAAUGCCAGAUUCAACACCACUCAGCAUUGAGUGAAAACCAUGACACAUAGCUGGCUUUCCUUCAUUUCUGUGGGUGAGAGCUAGUUCCACUCUUUGCAGCAAUUAGAUAAACACAUCUAAUUGCUUUGGUCCUUCACAUGAAAGGUACCUUGGGAAUGACACACACUGAAGCUACUUCCUGAGAGGAUCAAGUUAAAUCCUGUUUCUGCCUGAGGUACAACUACCUUGAUGAUAUCUUUUAUAACCUAAGCUUUGAGGAAGUUAAUGGCAAGUGAUAAGUAUGCUUUGCCCUAGGGAGAGUUUUUGUGCUUUAUUUUGUAUGUGUGCCUGAGUGUCAGAGAAUAGUUACUGGAAUUGCUUAUCUAAAAUCUUCCUCCUCCAAGAAAAGGAGUUUGUGGAAGCUAUUUCUAGAUUCUGAAAUGCUCUCCCAGAGAGCUCCAAUAUGUAGUUUAUUUCCAUUACGCUAUAAAGAGUGGAACAAGAUAUCAAUGUUUUCAAAUUUAAUAGUUGCUGGGUGCUUUUUUUAAUAUAGGAAAUUAAAAGAGCUGAAUUUGAUUUAUUGUUUUAAUUACAAAGAAAGAUCUUAAACUGAUCUGACUGGAAUUCAAAAAUAAGGGAGGAGAAGAAAAGAGCAAUUUGACAUGGGCUUGAUGUUGUUUGUACCAGUAUAACUACAAAGCAAUAGUGAAAAUUGUAGUUAAGUUAUAUAGAGUCUGAUCCCACAAUUAAUUAAUGAAAGCUGUCUUACCAAAGCGGUGGUUUGUGGGACAAGCUUCUCUCUUAGAAUUGCCUCUUGGCUGGUUUGAGGAAGUCCCUAGCAGGGUAUCUUUUUGAAUCCAGACUAGGAAUUUACUUCUUUGCGAGGACUCUGUACUACUGUUAGUUUUAAUUGAAAUUGGCCAAAAGAUUCAAAAGCAAAACAGCUAUGCGAAGGAUACCUAAUAAUUUAUUUUAACAACAAAAAAAAGAAUGUUACAGUUUUGCUGGUGUGCACAUUUGAUACCAACACUGAUAUCUAGCGUUUUCUGAAGUAACCUUUUCAGAAAUGUUGGAUAAAGCAAAGGGUCUCAUGUCUGUUUUCAUUUGAGCAACAAUUACUUAGCACAUUUGAAGAAUCAGCAGACUGCAUAUUUUUAUAAUUGUAUUUCAGACUGGAAUAGGUUUCUGAUUUUAAACUCUGCUCAUCCUUUUCCAGGAUUGUGAGUCGAAACACAACUUGCUGCUACUGUGUACUAUCAA